AUGAAGAGACCAAAAUGGAAAUAUUGUAGAGAACAGAUAUAUAAGAAUGUUUCUCUAAAUCUACAGUGGAAUUCCUCUGAUAUAUUUACUCUGAAAGGUGUUAUUAGCAAACCUUCUGGACAUCACUGGCUGGAGUGUCCACGAGAUGAGUCUUUGUGCAAAUUAAACUUGGAUAAAUUUACUAAAGAAUUUUGGGACAAAGAAUCAUUCCCUCAACGUAAUAACUUGACUACACACCAACGUAUUCAUAUAGGGGAGAAGCCAUUUCACUGUGACAUCUGUGGUAAAUCAUUCCCUCAACGUAAUAACUUGACUACACACCAACGUAUUCAUACAGGGGAGAAGCCAUUUCACUGUGACAUCUGUGGUAAAUCAUUCCCUCACCGUAAUAACUUGACUACACACCAACGUAUUCAUACAGGGGAGAAGCCAUUUCACUGUGACAUCUGUGGUAAAUCAUUCCCUCAACGUAAUAACUUGACUACACACCAACGUAUUCAUACAGGGGAGAAGCCAUUUCACUGUGACAUCUGUGGUAAAUCAUUCCCUCAACGUAAUAACUUGACUACACACCAACGUAUUCAUACAGGGGAGAAACCAUUUCAUUGUGACAUCUGUGGUAAAUCAUUCCCUCAACAUAAUAACUUGACUACACACCAA